GAAAGAAGCGCAAAGGCAAGUUUUGGGCUGAACCCACACACAGAUCUGAGCCAGCCAGGCUCCAGCUGCAGGGCUCUCCACAGAAGCCUCUCGGGGGCUUUCACAGCCCGGUUUCCUUUUGUGCCGCCCGGUACCAUGUUUUCAAACGUGAGUGCCUAAAGUUAGGCCGCUCCAGCCCCGUUUUAAGCCCCCACGUUUGAACAGCCCCAACUGCAGCCAGCGCUUUGGGUCUUGUUACGCGGCUUUCUUGGCAGAAAUAGCUCCGCUCCUCCGCUCUAGGACGCGCUGCCGGGUCCCCCAGAGCAGCGGAGACCCGCACGGUAGCACGCCAGAGCCAGGAGCGAUUCAGCACGAGCUUCCCCAGGGCCAGCUCCAGGCCCCCUUUGUCUCUAGCUGCACGCACCACGCUGCAGGAGCCCCGGCAGCCCCUCCAUGGCGAGCCAGCAAAAUGUUCAUCGGGGGACUGAGCUGGCAAACCACGCAAGAGGGCUUGCGGGAAUACUUCAGCCAGUUCGGGGAGGUGAAGGAGUGUCUGGUGAUGCGGGACCCGCUGACAAAGAGAUCCAGGGGGUUCGGGUUUGUCACAUUCAUGGACCAGGCCGGUGUGGACAAGGUUCUGGCCCAAUCCAGACAUGAACUGGACUCCAAGACGAUCGACCCAAAAGUAGCAUUCCCCCGCCGAGCACAGCCCAAGAUGGUAACGCGGACGAAGAAGAUAUUUGUGGGGGGUCUCUCUGUGAACACUACCGUGGAGGAUGUGAAACAGUAUUUUGAGCAGUUUGGGAAGGUGGAUGAUGCUAUGCUGAUGUUUGACAAGACAACCAACCGACACCGAGGGUUUGGAUUUGUCACAUUUGAGAGUGAAGAUAUUGUGGAGAAGGUGUGUGAGAUCCACUUCCAUGAGAUCAAUAACAAAAUGGUGGAAUGUAAAAAAGCUCAGCCAAAGGAAGUGAUGUCCCCCACUGGCUCUGCGAGAGGGCGGUCCCGAGUGAUGCCUUAUGGGAUGGAUGCCUUCAUGCUUGGGAUUGGCAUGCUGGGUUAUCCAGGUUUUCAAGCUGCCACUUAUGCCAGUCGGAGUUACACGGGCCUUGCGCCUGGCUACACUUAUCAGUUUCCUGAAUUCCGUGUAGAGCGGACCCCUCUCCCGAGUGCCCCCGUCCUCCCCGAGCUCACAGCAAUUCCCCUUACUGCAUAUGGACCGAUGGCGGCAGCAGCGGCGGCAGCAGCUGUAGUGCGAGGGACAGUUUUGCUUUCUCCCUUAGGUUCUACUCCGAGCCGCACUGGUGGGUUUCUGGGCACUACCAGUCCUGGGCCAAUGGCAGAGCUUUACGGAGCAGCCAAUCAGGAUUCAGGGGUCAGCAGUUACAUCAGUGCUGCGAGUCCAGCUCCAAGUACUGGCUUUGGUCACAGCCUAGGGGGUCCCUUGAUUGCAACGGCUUUUACCAAUGGGUACCACUGAAGCUAGCGACCAAGGAGGCAGGAGAUUCCCCAGUGACCUAACCAAGGACAGCGGGCUGGAGGAUCUGGUGAGCCUUGGGGGAUGAGCCAAGGUUUCCUUUUUAUUGAAUAAAACUGCACACUGCCGGCUGGCUGCCAGGCUCCUGCUGACCUGCCCUGAUCUCUCCCAUUGAACAGACCACACUGGACUGAACCCAAGGAGAUCAUCUCGCUUUCUUACUAACCACCGAUGGUUUACGCUUCUCCCUCCCCCAACCCACCGAUUCUUCUUUAUUUAUUUUAUUAGCUGGUAGUUUUAUUUUUUAUUUUAUUUUUUUAUCUUUAUUUUUUUGGGGGGUGACCCUCUUUUUCAUUGUUUGCUCUUUCCUGAGCUAGUAGACAUAUUUUAUGAAUUGGCUUUGUGAUCGUGUUAGAUAGUUUUUAAUGAGGAGUAUUUUUAUUUGGCUUUGAAAUUGUUUUGAAUCUUUUCAACUCUGUUGUUGUCAACAUUUUUAAAGGACAGUAUGUGAUGUGAAUGCAGUUCUGAAGGGAAGAGAGACACAGAGAGAGAGAACGCUGAGCAGAACUGACGCAUUUCUUUUUUUUUUUAAAGAAACUGUUUUUAAUUGUUUCUGUUUUGUAAAUGUGAGGUUUUGAAAUGUGUGAAGCUCCAAGGAUCUGAAAAGGUGGGACAUCGCUACGGAACAAAACAAAAUGUAUAUUUUGCUAAGUAAAAACACUACCCUUACAGCUGAAAGUAUUUUUGUUUUCCUAGAUUUAGUUUUACGUGGGGUUUUCUUUUUCCUAGUGUAUAAUAUGUAAAUAUCGUGAGGUGAACCUGGCUGCAGCCUGACUCAAGGAGCAGCUCCAGGUUCCUGAACCUGGCACCUCAGUGUGAGCAAUAUUCUCCAGCAGAAUCCUGACAGGACUCCUUUCUUUUUUUGUACACCUUUUACUGUAAGAUUUUAAGACCUCUGAGAUGAAGGGGGGAGAGAGGGGAAUGAAACUUACCGGCCAUCGGCUAUUUUGCUGAGCGGGUUAAAGCUGCUUCCAGUCAAUGUACAGACUCCACCACUGGGCUCCCUAAGUGCCAGCAUCUGGUUUGGCUAGGCAAAGGGCUUUACUGCCCCUGCUUGUCUUUGUUAUUUUGAACGGAAUUGACUCUCCAAACAGUAUUGCUUGUGUCAAGAUGGUCUGGGGAAGGGCAUCAUCUUCUAGGGGGCAGGGUACUUGGAAGGGCUCGUUGUCAGGGGUGGGAUGUGGGGGUGGUCAUUCUCUG